AAGAAGUGUUUUGGAGCGAAACAGAAUGGCCGGACUCUUCCUACCUACUAUAAUGAAUUGGUGGGAAUGUUUCAGGAGAUUGAUCAGCGUAUGGCCUCUCAAAAUUACAUGGUGGCUGCAGUAGUUCAAGAAACUACUACCAUGGCACGGAUGCGAGUUCACAUGUUUCUUAGUGGACUCGAUUCAGAGUAUGAUCAAGUCCGUGGUGAGAUUCUGCGCAAAGACCCAAAAUUCGACCUGGAGUAAAGUUAUGCAUAUGUUCGGAAGGUGCAUUCUGAGAGGCAAGCAAUGGGGCAUGCCUCUGAAUCUUCUGUCAUGGUUGUCCAACGCAAACAGGGUCCUCCUCCAGGCUUCUCAACUCCGCCGCAACGCCAGCCUCUGGGUAAAACAAAUCCAUAUGCAAAUACCAAGUGUCCAAUCUAUGGAGCUUUGGGUCAUAGCAAGCAACGGUGCUAUGAAGUAAUUGGCUACCCUGAUUGGUGGGAUUUCACCAAGAAACCGCGGAAGAAUCUUGGAAAAGUUGUCGUGGCUACUACAGGGGAAGAGCAAUCAUCUAACGCCUCUGCUAAUGUAGCACAGUCAGGACAUUCUGACUCGGCAGAUUCUUGGUUAUGGUGUUAGAAGGGGGAAACUCUACUACUUGGAUCUGACAGACAGUGGAGAGCAACAGUUGUUAGGACAAGUGAAUCAGGUCAAUGGAGUAGAGAAUGCUAAAGAAUUAGUGUGGCUGUGGCAUCGUCGUUUGGGUCAUCAAUCUUUUAGUUAUCUUAAGAAAUUGCAACCUCAUUUGUUUUCGAUUGUCAGUGAUUCAGAGUUUCGUUGUGAUGUAUGUGAACUGGCUAAGAGUCAUCAAAUUUCAUAUUCACCUAGUUUUAAUAAAAGUCCUAUUUCGUUUAUGAAAAUUCA